CGCGCAAGCUCGAUCUCCAACAUUAUAUUAUUUUAUAACAUAUUUCAAAUUCUUGCUAAUGCGUGGCUGGUACACAGUCACAUAUCUGCCGGCUGGUUUACUGAAUAUAGCAUAAAAUGUAAUAAUAAUAGUGAUCCGACGACUACAAAAGGUUUUAAGCUAAUAACUAUUUCAUGGUGGCUAUUAAUAUUAAAACUAAUUGAUUAUAUNGAAACGUGUAUAUUUGUUUUACGGAAAAAACAGAAUCAAGUUUCUACUUUGCACGUGUAUCAUCAUGUGUCUAAUGUCUUUUUUGGAUGGUGUUACCUCAAAUACAUAGUAGAUCCCAGAAUGACAUUUNUGUCUUUACUUAAUUGUUUUAUACAUGUUAUCAUGUAUAUAUAUUACUUCAUUGCAGCAUGGAGCACAACCAUGCAACAAAAAGUAUCUUUUUUUAAACCUCAUAUUACGAAGUUACAAAUGACGCAGUUUGUUGCUUUAAUAUGCUAUGGACUACAGGUUUUUCUAGAUCCAGAAUGCAAAGGAGUACAACGAGCAAAACAAUUUAUAUUCGUAUUUAGUUUGAACUUGCUACUAUUUCUAUACUUAUUUUAUGACUUUUAUAAAAAGACAUAUGGCACAAAACAGAAACAGAAAAUUGCAAAACACGAAGAGUAAAAUUUAUGUAUGUACAAACAGGGUUGUGAAGUAACACGUUAUUUGUAACGUCGUUACCGUUACAGUUACCAAAACCAAUUCUUACAUCUUUGUAAAUGUACGCUGAAACGAGUGGCCGUGAGAGUUGUAAAANAAUACUAUAAGAUAUGAGAUAGCCGCUUCUCUUUAUUUUAAAUCACAUCAUUAUGACAUGUUAUAUUUGUGAGUAACCAGCUUUUUUUGCUAACAUUCAAUUUACUAGCCAGUUGUCUUUGCGAUAGAUUUGGAUUUUUAUCUAAAAGUUUCUGCAAAUCUUUAUGUUUAAACUUCUUUCUCUGCAUGUAGNAUAAGUUCAUGCGUUUUCCAAAUUUUUGCGGAUUUCUCAUGGUUUGUAAACGUUCCCAAAUACAUGUUUGUGAAACAUUCAUUUCCUGGCCAGUUCCCAUUGCGAUNUAUUUGGAUUUUCAUCUAAAAGUUUCUGCAAUUCUUCAUCAGAUCCAAAUAUGGCUUGCCCUACUUCCAAAUCAGGUCCGGAUCCGGUGAUCUAAUAAGAGCCUUGUGCAGUAUGUAACGCUACGUAUCAAAUGGCCCUGAUCAGGCUGCCGGGUUCGAUCCUGAUCAGGCUGCCGGAUUCGAUCCUGAUCAGGCUGCCGGACUCGAUCCUGAUCAGGCAAAUAAAUUAGGCUCUGAUCAGGCUGCCAGAUUAGACUCUAAUCAGGCAACCAGAUGUAGAUCGGAUGUUUUUAUCAUCGCAUUCGAAGUAAUAAUUAAUAAAUGCAUAUUUUUAAAUUUAA